AUGGGCAAGUUCAAUGGUGCUACGGGCAACUAUAACGCCCAUAUUAUCGCCUAUCCCAAUGUGGACUGGUUCGAGAUCUCGAGAAUUCUGGUGGAAGAUCAUCUUGGUCUCAACUGGCAGCCUGUAUCGACCCAGAUCGAGAGCCACGAUUACGUCUCGGAGAUGUGUGAUACUGUUGCGAGGAUGAACACGAUUAUCAUCGACUUAUGCCGUGAUUUCUGGAUGUACAUCAUGCGAGGAGUUUUGGGUCUCCGUACCAUUGCUGGCGAGGUGGGGUCCUCCACCAUGCCUCACAAGGUCAACCCGAUAGACUUCGAAAAUGCUGAGGGUAACUGUGGUGUGGCGAUCUCGAUGUUGCAUCAUUUCUCAACUAAGCUGCCUAUCUCCCGAAUGCAGAGGGAUCUGACAGACAGUACGGUACAGCGGGCAGUCGGGUCCGCUUUUGCCCAUACUAUUAUAGCCAUUGAUUCCACUAUCAAGGGCCUCAGCAAGGUCAUGGUGUCCGCUCCUAUUGCCAACCGUGAGCUCGAGGAUCAUUGGGCGGUGACUGGGGAAGCCGUGCAAACCGUCAUGAGACGAUACGGGCUGGAGAGACCUUACGAACGUCUGAAGGAGUUCACUCGUGGUCGUGAAUUGAUGCCACUUCUAUGA